AUAGAUAAUUGUGAUACAUAUUUUGUAAAAUUGUUGAUUUUACAAAACAUCACAGAAAAAAUUUACUAUAAGUAGUAAAUGAGGGUCGCCUCCAGGGCCGGUUAAAUCUUUUGCCCGGGCCACUUUUAAAGUACCAGUCCGCCCCUGCCCUGGUGGAUUGCGUUUUGAAGCUACUAGGUAAAACCAGUGACAACAAAAGGGUUAUUUUGAUAAGAAAUACUACAAGAGGUUUCGGGGGCUUCCAGAAUUUAUCCGACCUGAUAAAUAAAUCCGCACAGAAGAAAUAUUGUAGUGAUAUUUUACAUACCUUUGAGAUUUCUUUGCAAGGAAGAAAACCCAUUUCUUUGCAACGUUUUAUCAAUAUUGACACAGAAUUAGCGGAACUUGUUGGUGUUUCUGAACUCUUGACAAUGUCUCAAAGACAAUAUCUAAUUGGGACGAAGAGAACACCAUUGCCUAGUUUGCACAAACCAAGAAGUGUGUCCACCAUUUUUGUGAAAACAGAAACAAUUCUCAGUCUGUGCAAGUCACAAGGAAACCAAACAAUGGCAAUAAUCAAUUGUGACGAUAAAUUCACAAGGAGAUAUAGAAACUUGGCGUAUAUUGAAACAUCUGACUACAUCAACAGAGAAUUCAAUGACAGCAAACACACUGUUUUAUUGUCUUCAAAAACUGAAUGUACACGAGUUGAUUUUAACCAAAUUUGCGAAAAAACUGACAAAACCAACGUGUACCUUUUUCAAACUUUCGAUGAUGAAAAUUGCGUCUUGCUUUUAAAGCAAGGGAACGAACUACCAGAAGAGUUUGUAAAUAAAAGGAGGCUUAUACCAGAAGACGACAUUCUUCGUUGUCUUCACAACUCAUUAAACGUAAUUUAUGCUCCAGCUGGAAUGUGUAAAUCGAGAUUAAUGGACGUUUUAUGUAACGACUGCCCUCCAGAUCACUGGGGGAUUUACAUCAAUCUGAUCAACCAUAAUUCGUUCCUGGCGAAGAAACCAAACUUGGAAACAAUCUGGAAUUAGCUACUAGAAACAGACGACAACGUUGUUAAAAAAAUGUUGCCCAUUUUACGCAACAACCGAAAACUAUAUUUGUAUUUUGACGGGCUAGACGAAGUCGACAGCAGUUACGUAAAUAGUGUCUUGGACUUCGUCCAAGACGCAUCCUCAAGUGGUACGAAGAUAUGGAUUUCGUCAAGGGAGAAUCUGCGUGAUAGAAUAACGCAAUCAUUAAACGUAAUACCUAUAGAAAUAACAAAACUGAAUAAAAGUCAACGUGAAGAGUACAUUUGCGAAAAACUGAAACGGAAGUACGGAAACGAAGACAUAGAAAGAAUUAUGGGCUCAAUUCUUGACAAUGUAGAUCUUAACAAAAGUCAAGAAUUAUUAGGAAUUCCGUUACAGUUGCACAUAAUUACAGAAAUGUUUCUGACUAAUGACGAAACUGACAACGCCGACCAAAAGAACAUGUUUGUGUUGACGUAUAUGUAUAAAUUGUACUUUGAGGGAAAAGUGAAGUUUGCUUUAAGUAAAGUCGUCGACGAACACCACACACAUCAACUUGGAAAUUUUAAAGUUCUCUUAAAGAAUUAUGAAAUUCCUGCUUUGAAGGCAUGCUUAAACACGAAGGAUUUUGUCAAAUUGGGUCUACUUUCAGAAGAAAUGGAAGAUUUUGUCAGUGAAAUUAAGCGCAGUGGCGAUAAAUAUGGAAUAAUAGAGAUAAUAAAUGACAAUGGGGAUGCUAUAUUUAGCCAUCAGACGUACGCAGAAUAUUUUGCGUGUGUUUGGUUACAAAGAAAUAAAGAAAAAGCUGCUUUGUUACAGAAGGAGAUGCUUCUUGAAAGAUAUGAAAAUCUACGACUUAUGUUUAACAUAAUGUUGGCCCAGAGCAACCCUCUACAUCUAUCCGACAUCUACAGAAACUUAGACGAAUUUGAAAAACACGUCGACGAUAUAGAAGCUAAAGAUCAUGGUGGUCGAACUGUACUCCAUUUGUUGUGUACAUACGGCAAGAAAUAUCCCACUGAUAACAUAAAAAGUUACUGGUACAGGAAUGAACUGGUGAAACUGAACCAAGAAUUUAAGUGGUACACAACCAUGGUGGCAAAGGUACUUCAACUAUACUCCAAAAUCCACGACCAAGACGAUUUAUUCCACUUUGAUUGCUUAAGUUACGCCCUUGAAGCAAAAUGUUUGUAUCCGAUAGAGGCAAUGCUAGAAAAAAAUCUUCUAGAUUUUGACGAUGUUAAAAAAACGGUUUUUGGCUAUUAUAAAAUCGAAACGUUGGUUUAUUAUGCAGCACGCAUGGGUUACCCGAAUUUAUUUUCUGCACUGGUUGCACACAACACACAACUUGUUCAUCUGAAAGUAGACAACGACAAUUUACUACAAAUAGCCGUCAAAGGAACAGAUGACAGUGUAACGUCUCCAAGAGAAGGUAACAUCGCCGUUGUCAAUAUAAUACUAGAAAAUGGUUUCGACCUAACCAAAGAUGGUUAUGACACACUUCGUGGUAAUAUUUUGGACGUAGCAUGCGAUGAAAACAAGUACGAUAUGUUGAGCAUAUUAACACAAAAAGGAGCCAAGUACACUGGUGGCAACACCGUCUGGCAUCGAUUGGCCAAACUAGGACCAAAGAGUGACAAUAAACUAUCUAUUUUAGAAAACUAUAAAAUUGACGUGGAUGUGAAUCUUAAAAACGACGAAGGUCUAACUGCACUUCAAAUUGCGGCUGAAUUUGGUUUUUUGGAAGUAGUAGAAAUAUUGAUGAAGAGAGGAGCUGAAGCAGAUAUUGUGGAUCCACAUGGCAACAACGCUCUGCAUUUUGCAUCAAUGUUGUGGAUAGAUAAUCGAACUAUAAUAAAACUGUUCAUUGAUAAAGAUGUGGAUGUUAAUGUUCAAAAUAAAAAUGGGUUGACACCUCUACAUCUAGCUUGCAAGCAAUGCAAUUUUUGGAAUACGGAAGUGCUCUUAGAGUGUAACGCUUGCGUAGAUGUAGUAGACGAAGACAACAACAGUGCGCUACACUAUGCAUCUUUGUCAACUAGUGACAAAUUAAAUAUAACAAAGCUAUUGAUUCAUAAACGUGUUAAUGUCAAUGUUCAAAACAGAAAUGGAACAACGGCGUUACAGCUUGCUUGCGAGAAUGGUAAUUCUGGUAUUGCAAAAAUGUUGUUAGAGAAUGAUAGUGACAUAAAUCUUGUGGAUAACGAGUGUAAUAACGCACUACAUUACGUAUUCAAGUCACGACAGAACCGUCUUCAUCUAAUAAAAUUACUAAUUGACAACGGCAUCUAUGUAAAUGGUCAAAACAAAAAUGGGACUUCACCGUUACAACUUGCGUCCAAAUUUGGCGACUACGAAGCUGUAAAGGAACUGUUAGAUUGUAAUGCUUCCAUAGAUGUCGUCGACGACGUCAAUGACAACUCACUGCAUUACGCUGCCGUGUCCUGGAAAUGCAACAAAGACGUAAUAAAAUUAUUGAUCAAUAGAGGCAUUGAUGUGAAUGCUCAAAACGGAAACGGAACAACAGCGUUACACCUGGCAUGCGAAAAUAGUGACUAUGAAGUUGCACAAAAACUGGUGGAAAACCACGCUUGUGUCAAAAUUUUGGACGACAACAACAACACUGCCUUACAUUAUAUGUCAAGAUCGUGGAAAAAUAAUCAAAAUAUCGUAAGGUUAUUGAUUGGUGAAGGCCUUGAUAUAAAUAGCAGAAACAUUCAUGGAACAACAGCUCUACAAGUUGCUUGUCGAAACUGCAAUUAUCACAUUGCUGAAUAUUUAUUAAGCUGCGAUGCGUCUGUCAAUCUUUUGGACAACAACUACAAUAAUGCUUUACACUACGCAUCAAAGUCCGAGCACUACAACGCAGAUAUAAUAAAAUUAUUGGCCGAGAAAUUUCUGAGUGUCGAUUCUCAAAAUAGAAACGGGACGACAGCUUUGCAGCUAGCGUGUCAACAGAAUAAUUACACCAAUGCGGAAAAGUUGCUCCAGUGUGGUGCUUGCGUAGAUUUGAUGGAUGACAAGGGCAACAACGCGUUGCAUCAUGUGGCGAAAUCGCGGAGGGAUAGUGUGGAUGUAGUAGAGUUGUUGAUUCAGGCGGGCGUUGACGUAAAUGCCCGAAAUAAAAAUGGUGCAACAGCUUUACAAUUUGCGUGCGAAUGUUGUAAUUAUGAAAUUGCCAAGAAGUUACUGGAGUGUGGUUCUUUGGUAAAUGUUCUGGAUGAGUGUGACAACGAUGCGAUGGAUUAUGCACUGAGGGCGGAGUAUGACAAUGAAGAUGUAAUGCAGUUGUUAAUUGACGCAGGGGUGGAUGUUUGAAAUAGUAACAAUAGUUUAAGCAAGACAGAAAAGGAAAAACACCACUAAUUAAAGCAACUAAACCUCUCCAACUGUUUUUUUAACACUUUAACAGACAAAACAAACUUUGUAAAACCGGUUUCAAGCGCUUUAACUGUAAAGUACCGUCUUUAUCUGCAUGCAGCUGUGAUAUAAAUAGAUUUCAAUGUAGAAAACAAUAACAUUGGUACGUAUUCGAGUAACAACACACGUCAACACAACAAGA